UUCAACAAGUAUAGCAAACGGAGCAGCAGCAGUUCCAAGGAAACAUCUAGUUUUUUCACCCAAAUCUUUGUGGAAGUAUCCAUAUCUUAAAUCCUCUAUCAGCAUGUCCUUCGCACAGUUCUUUGUCGCCUGCUGCCUGGCCGUCAUCCUCCUGGCCGUGGCCAACACACAAGCAGCCUCCCAGCCACCGCCACUGUGCGCGGCCGGCAUCGUCGAGGAGAUGCCCCCGCACAUCAAGAAGGUGUGCCAGGCGUUGGAGAACUCGGAUCAAUUGACCUCGGCCCUCAAGUCCUACAUCAACAAUGAGGCCUCCGCUCUGGUUGCCAACUCUGACGAUCUGCUAAAGAACUACAACAAACGCACGGACGUCGAUCACGUCUUCCUGCGUUUUGGCAAACGUCGUUAAGGCCAUUUACCCCCAAAAAGGACACUAUCGAAAGCCCAUUUUGAUCCCAAGACGACACAGGACCUUGACCAACGAGCGGCGAAAUCGUUUCUGUUCCACACACACAAAGCUCAACACACUUUUUAAAGUAUUCAGCAUAAUUAUGUAAAUGUAAUCAAUGGAAAAACUCAGAACUAUACUCAAUUGGAAGCUCUCUAGUUCAUUAAAUACCAAAUCGAGGUGUCCAAUGUUUCUAUAAAAAGUCGCAAAAUGUUUGUACAUACUCAAAGACCCCCGAAACGUUCUACACCAAGUUUGAUACUAUUAUUUUUUUUUAUUGUUUUGUUAAUCAUUCCAUUUUUCUCCUACUCGUGGACUUUAUAAAUGUUUUACAAAGAAACAGUAGUAAACCUAUGCGGAUUAGAUGCAGCUAUCUCAAAUAUAUUUCCCUAGCAUGAAGCACUAAUAUUAAAUAACUAAAAAUAUGUUUUCGAAUCCUUGUCUUGAGUUAAUCUUUUAAAUAAAGACAAACUUUUCCUCUCAAUAUGUGAAUGCAUGAUAAAAUGCAA